AUGGAUGACCUCCCGGACAUGUGUCCGAUAUGUAAAACGGACAAGUACCUCUCGCCGUCCAUGACAUUUCUCAUCAACCCCGAGUGCUACCACAAGAUAUGCGAGUCAUGUGUUGAUAGGAUAUUUUCACUUGGUCCUGCACCAUGUCCGUAUCCGAAAUGUGGCAAGAUCCUUCGAAAAAACAAGUUCAAGCAGCAAGUGUUUGGCGACUUGAAGAUUGAAAAGGAGAUCGAUGUGAGGAGGAAAGUGGGCGGUAUUUAUAACAAGACACAGGAGGACUUUGCUACCCUCGAAGAGUAUAACCAGUACCUUGAACUUGUUGAAGAGAUUGUUUUCAAAUUGAGUAAUGGCAUCGAGGUGGAGAAAACGGAGCAGGAUCUAGCUCAAUAUGAACAAGAGCACAAGAUAGAAAUACUCGAAAAGAAUAUGCGCGAGUCGCAGAGAACGGCCAACUUGACCAAGUAUCAAGAUGCAAUGGAAAGAUUGAAACAGGAAAAGCUAAAGAUCCAACGAAAAAUGGAGAUGGAGGACCUUGAGUUUAAGAAGUUGCAGCAGCAGGAGCUUUUGGAUAGAAUGUCGAAUAGUGACAUGAGCUCAGCAGAGUUGAUCCAGCAUCACCAGAUGCAAUUGAAUAAACGCAACUCGCUAAGAAAGAAACAGUUGCAGCAGAUUACAAACAAGUUGGACCAACAGUUUAUCCCAAAGCAAAGCGAACCCAAUAAUAGUAUACCAUUCACGCCAUUUGAAGGAGAUCGUGCAUCGCCAAUGUACAACACAGAGGAGUACCACGACCCAUAUAUCUUUGAGCUAUCGUCCAAGAAGGAGUAUUUGGCCGCAGGAUGGAGACUCGAGUUGGUAUUCCAAAGAGCAUUAGACGAGGCAUUCUGUGGUAUAGGCUGUCACGUGGAAGCCGAAAAAAAGUUGGUAACGGUUUAA